AUGAUAACCCCUUCCCAGGGCGACUUCAGGUCUGAUGACCUCAAGGCAGACAGAACUAGGUCGUUGGAGGAUGUGACUCGCGUCGAAUUUGUCGAUGAUGAAGCCAUCCACAACAUCGCUGAGCGUGCCGCUGAGGUUGUCUGCAACCCAUGGACGAAGUCUAUGUUCAGGCUCUACGGCUGUCUUCUCAUUACUUACUUCUGUGGGUGUCUCAACGGUUACGAUGGGUCCUUGAUGGGAGGUCUCAAUGCUAUGAAAAGUUACCAAACCUAUUUCGAUACUUCGCCUGUAGGAUCGCAAACGGGGUUCAUCUUUGCUGUUUACAGUAUUGGUUCAAUUUGUGCCAUUCCGUUUACCGGCCCAACGAACGACUUCUUUGGACGACGAUGGGGAAUGUUCGUCGGAGCUCUGCUUAUCAUCACGGGCGGUCGAUUCAUGCUGGGCUUUGGCGUCAGCUUCUGUUCAGUCAGUGCGCCAUGUUAUGUCAGCGAGAUGUCGCACCCCAAAUGGCGCGGCAUUCACACGGGACUAUACAACUGCAUGUGGUGGCUCGGCGCCAUAGUGGCUAGCUGGACGAUCUUUGGCUGCUCGAAGUGGAACAAUCCGUAUGCGUUUCGAAUCCCCAUCUGGGGUCAGCUCUUCUCAUCCAUCAUCGUUGGCGUUGGCGUUUUCUUUAUACCAGAGUCUCCAAGAUGGCUCAUUGCCAAUGGCAAGACCGAACAAGCCAGGGCUGUGCUCGCCAAGUACCACGGAGAAGGGCAGGAAGAUCAUCCCAUGGUCCAGCUACAGAUGGAGGAAAUGAAGCACAGUAUCAAGCAAGAUGCUUCCGACAAAAGAUGGUGGGAUUACCGGGAGCUCGGCAACACGCGAUCAGCACGGCGGAGGCUCAUAUGUGUUCUUGGUAUGGCAGCGUUUGGCCAGCUCAGCGGCAACUCCAUCACUGGUUACUACCUUCCUGUGAUGGUCGAGAAUGCCGGCAUCACCUCAGAGAGCACGCAACUGAUGCUCAACGGCAUCAAUCCGGUACUGUGCUUCAUUGCAUCUCUGCUGGGCGCUCGUUACAGCGACAAGAUUGGUCGACGCCCAUUGCUUCUCGUCUCCAUCUUUUUCUGUUCGGUAUGCUUUGCUGUCAUGACAGGCACUUCAAAGGUAGCCACCGGCGAGAACGGCGACCCGUCAGCAGCCAAUGCGACUAUUGUCUUCGUCUUUCUGUUCGGAAUUGUUUUCUCAUUCGGAUGGACCCCUCUCCAAACAAUGUACAUUGUCGAAACCCUGACAACUACAACUCGGGCCAAGGGCACCGCAGUAAGCAAUGUCACAUCUGCUGCAGCCAGUGUCAUUAUUCAGUAUGCAUCGGCUCCAGCUUUUGAGAAUAUUGGCUACUACUUCUAUAUCUUUUUCGUUUUCUGGGAUAUCUUUGAAGGUGUUGUCAUCUACUUUUUCUUUCCUGAAACCAAACGACGCACACUGGAAGAGCUUGAUGAGGUAUUCGACGCGCCUAACCCAGUUAAAAAGAGUCUUAUGAAGCCGGACAUCGCAACAGUGGCCCAUACUCUGGGCGCUUCCACAAGAGUUUGA